GCCUCAGACAGCCACAACUACCCGACCGACACGACCCCAAUGGAUCUCAACGCAGACGACCAGGAACAAAACUACACGACCAUGCGCGCGCAGCGCCAACACAUCUCGCGCCUGCAGUACUGCAACCCCACCGACCUCGAGGCUAUCCGCUUGGCCCUGAUCUCCGAGGACGAGGCCCUGCGCACCGCCGUCUCGCACAGCUACUCCACCUGUGAAGACGACUGGCACCCCAGCUCGCUCCCGCCGCAGUCGUCCCCGCGCCGACGCGCCCUGACGGCGUCGCGGGGCAGUCGGUUCCGCCCGGCCACGGAAUCGAUCUCCUCCACUUCCUCCGUCCCAUCAUCCUCGUCGCUGGCGGAAUACACGCGUUCCCGGAGAAAGAGCAGCGUCAGCGCGCUGCAGUCAUCCCAUCGGAUCGAGAAGAGCUAUCAGCUCGGCUCCACCCGCGACCUGCAGAAGAAGAGCGAGCAGGGUCUGCGACGAAAGAGUCUCGUCAGUGCAGCGCUGGCUUCGAUGGUUGAAUAAGGUCGUGCUUGUCUCCUGUCUUCCUGAGAACCAAUGUCUAUCUCUUUUCUUGGGGUAUAUAUGUCCAACAUCCUUGAGCGAGGUGCAUACCAUUUAUCGCUUCGAUACCUGCUUCGAUUCUCCCCUUUCUCCAUUUCCCUUUUUUCCUUUUAUUUCACUUUUCUUUUCUGAAUCACUUUUCUUGCACUAUAUCCGGGUGUACAUUCUUCAUCUUCAUCUCUGUUACUAUUGCCAUCUAUCUUCUUUCAGGGUUUGGAAUUGCUUGUGCAUUGUGUGCAUAUCGAAAGAAAGAUACCCAGACUGUCUGCUUGGUUGCCUCGGACGUUCUAUUCCUUUGUUUGUUUUUUGUCUUUUGGUGCAUUCAUGUUGGUGCGACCCUCAAAUUCGG